UGAAAAGUGUCUUAUCAGUCAAAUACUCUUUGAUAGCUCUAGUAUGAUUUUUUAAUUGUUGCCCCAGCUCGUAAAUGAGUUCCUUCAGGCCCCCCCUCGACCUCCACACACCUUUGACAUGGGUCAGCUGUUGGAGGAAAUGCAGCAGAUCGACCAGCAGAACUACAGACAAGCUCCACAGAGGGCUCCAGAUGUGGCAGCGUUGGCCCUCUCUGGUGACUGGACGGCUGAGUUCCUCUCAGGUCCUGAUGCUGCCUCCGCACCGGGCCUCAAUGCUCUUGGCGAUGCAGCAGAUGCUGAUUGGACAAGAGAAUUUAUCGCUGAGGCUGCAGAUCCUGGACGCUGGGCAGAGGAAUAUUUGGAGCAGUCAGAGGAGAAGUUGUGGCUGGGAGAUCUGGGAGACAAGGACAAUGAAUGGACAAAGGAGUAUCAACCAGGAGAAGAACUGAGGCAGACAGCCAAUGAGCUUGUCUCAAAGGUUGAUGAUCCAAAGUUACAAAACACAGAGUUCCUUCGAUUCAUUAGGCAGAUUGGAGAGGGAAGUGUGACAGUGGAGAGCAGAACAGACAAACAGCUCACAGAUAAAGCUCAGGCCCAGGAGGCUCAGAACUGGGCCUCCAACCUCAACCAGGUGUCUGAAGAUUCGGCAGAAGCCUGGGUAGAUGAGUUUGCCACAGCAGGACCGGAUUUCCAAGAAGCUAAAGCUGCAGUGGAGAGUGAUGUGGAUUUCUGGGAGAAGCUGCAGCAGGAGUGGGAGGAAAUGGCAAAGAGGGAUGCAGAGAGCCACCCCUGGCUGUCUGACUUCGAUCAGCUACUCAGCACUUCUUAUGACAAGGGUUAUCAGUUUGAAGAGGAAAACCCUUACCUAUCUCACCCAGACCCUCUCUCUGAGGGAGUGAAGAGGAUGGAGGCAGGGGACAUCCCUGGCGCUGUACGCUUUUUUGAAAGUGCGGUACAGAGAGAACCAGAAAACCAGCUGGCUUGGCAGUAUCUGGGAACAUGUCAGGCAGAGAAUGAGCAAGAAUUUGCUGCCAUCAGCGCCCUCCGUAGAUGUAUAGAGCUGAAGAAUGACAACCUGACAGCUCUGAUGGCGUUGGCUGUCAGUUUCACUAAUGAAUCGCUGCACAGGCAGGCCUGUGAGACUCUCCGGGAUUGGCUAAAGCACAACCCAAAAUAUCGCUCUGUGUGGGAGCAGAAUGAGGGCGAACGGCAACAGGAUGGCGCCAGAGAAAGGGACAAGGAGAGGGAGAGGUUCGGGUCACUGCUGCCAGAAUCAUUGUUUACUGAUGUCCAGUCCCUGUUCCUGCAUGCAGCCAACUCAGACCCGGCCCAGGUGGACCCUCAGCUGCAGUGUGGUCUGGGAGUUCUCUUCAACCUCAGUGGGGAGUACGACAAGGCGGUGGACUGUUUCAGCGCUGCUCUCUCUGUCACACCACAGGACUACCUGCUAUGGAAUAAGUUGGGUGCCACGCUCGCUAAUGGCAGCCGCUCAGAGGAGGCAGUUGCCGCCUACAGGAGAGCGCUGGAACUGCAGCCUGGGUUCGUUCGUAGCCGAUACAACUUGGGAAUCAGUUGUGUGAACCUAGGAGCACACAGAGAGGCGGUGGAGCACUUCCUCGAGGCUCUGUCUCUUCAGCGUCAGGCAUCCGAGGGCGGAGCAAGAGCUGCGAGGGGACCAGGAGGUGCAGCAGCCACCAUGAUGUCUGACAACAUCUGGUCCACUCUGCGCAUGGCUCUCAGCAUGAUGGGAGAGAGCUCUCUGUAUGCUGCUGCUGACCGACGGGACUUGGACACAUUGCUCGCUCACUUUUGUCAGAGAGAGGUGGAAGGAGGGACCGAAUGAGAACCAGCCAGGGGGGAGCUUAUCGAGUGUGAGUGUGUUGCACUGGGAGGAAAAUGUUUGGGUGACUGAAUUAAGCAGAGGGGAAUCAGUUAUGCAUAGAAAUGGAGGAGGAGGAAGACACUGUGAAUAAUCAACCAACCUUGAGAGGUCAUCUUGUGGUUAGUUUCCCUCAAAAGACUUCAAAUAUUGCAGUAUUAGUUUGUACCUGGGAGAUGCAGCCAACAGUAAUACAGUCAUGUUACUGUGUUCUACAUGUUUGACCGUCCUCGCCUUUCCUACUACUCUGUUGACCUGGAGAACUGGGUAUAUUGAAACGUCACUUUGAUUUUAAAUGUGUUCUCAAUGAUGGAGAAUGAUUGAUUUAAUUAUGGUUUCAGUUGAAGUUUAUGCUUUAUUAUGACACUCAAUGCCCUCACAACCCGUGCUUAACAGCAGCUUGAACUGUACAGUCACUACAAUGGUGUAGACAUAAGGUACAAUAUUACUUUGACGUUGAAGGAGUACUGCUUUGUAUCAAAAGUGCCCGUAAGAGAAGGAUCAGACCGGUCCACAGAACAAACGCUAAUCAUCUUGGCUUCAGUGGCUUUUGUUUUCUUUUUUUUAUAAUCUUUAUUUAAUUUUAUAGUGAUCAUAUAUCAGCCAAGAUAAUGAACUGACAACCAGCGGGACUGUUUCUAUUAGAAUAUGUUGUAUGUGUACAGUCUGUGUGUGUGAAUGUGUGCUUUUGGUUUGGAUGGAUGAUCAUAAUUGGAUGACUAGUUCGUAUAAAUGUAAUCAUCAUUGAGAAUGGUUUCUCUGGGCUCCUCCCUCUCCUGCUCUUUUUCAUAUCAACCUUGUAAAACAAUUUGCUUCAUUGUAAAAUAAUGCUAUAUGCCAUAUUGUGUAUUGUAACAUAAUUGUUGCACUAUAAUUGUGUUCAGGCUAGUUAAAUCCUGACUGCAAUGUUUAAUAUAAUAUUCAGCAAUAAAGCUUUAAUUCCAAAAAAUC